CUUUUUUCUCUUCUUCUCAAAACAUCGGUCCUUUCCCAUCCCUUCCCUUUCCUUCUAUAUUUUCGACUUGAUUCAUCCAGUGAAGGAUGACCCAUUUAAGUGACUUCAGUUUUCUGCGUAAGUGCCAUCACUCUAUAAUGGACGUCGACAAAAAACGCUCAUCCUUGCCUACCUUGUAUAUCAAUCAGAGCGAGCUGUUGAAUUAGCCUUUUUGGAGGUUUGGUUCGUCCUUCGAAUGUGGCAGAUCGAUCGCUUUGCCUGCCUUCAUCCAUCUCGCAUUCGACAAGGCGAACUGAAGAGUAUAUUAUCAGUAUUAAUUUUAUUCAUGGUGCCGUUUCAAAUGGCGUAUGAUAUAGCGUCCGUGAAAAUUAAAUACGAGGAAGGCUUUAUGCAGCUUCCUGGAACAACGACCAUUAUCACGAAACCAGCCACAUUCUGGACUACGGCUGAUCAGCAACUCGUCAUCCCCACAAACUACUCCCUUUGCGUUGGAUUUUCAUUUCAAACCGGUAGUUUGUUCCUCCUCCAAUGUUUCUGGAACUAUCUGGCGAACUCUGUAGCAAAAGCUACGUUUAUGUCGAGUAAAGAGUUCAAGUUUUAUGUUGCGUGGAUUUUCGUUGCUAUGGCAUUGUUCCCCGUCCUCCAAUGGAACUUUUCUCGUGAUGUCUACCCUGAUACUUGGAAAGAAGUCAUUCCGGAAUUAGUUUAUGGAAGUGCUCUUUUCAUCAUCGCCAUCCUCGGUGUUGUUUCCCAUUUCCGCUUCAAACGACUGAUUUACCAGACACGGGAUAGCACCAACGGAAAAUCAAUUUCCAGCAAAAUUACCUACUUCAAGGACUUGAACUUUUUAUUGACUGUUUGCUUGCUCCUUGAUGGCGCUUGCUUUAUUAUUCUUAGCGUGGAUGGUUUGACUACCGCCAAAUAUUUGAACAGCCACAAGUUUUCCGCGGAUCUUUUCAUUUGCAUUGCUAAUUUUGCAUCGGUUAUUAUCUGGUUUAUUGUUAUUCUCAUUUUCCACCCUAAGCGUGGAAGUGGGGUUGGACCUAAUUCGACUCAGCAGAAUUCAGGAUAUGUCUUCAGCAAUCCUACUGCUAGUGUUCACCAUACCACUCGUGGAAACCAUACCCAAUCUAUGGGCAUUGCCAUCUCGUCUCCUGCUGCUCAGACCGACUAUAUUCCUUACAGUCCAUCUCUUGCUAAAGCUACACCUGUGCCGACUUCACCUUCCACUCCACUUCCUCGUUAUGGAACUCCUCCUCCUCUCAAUCCGAAAUCCAACCAACGUCCACUCAGCCCACAGCAACCUACGUUUCGGUCCAUGUCACCUCAACAAAACAUCCACGAUAUCUAUUCUUCAGAGCCUAUGGCCACUGAAGCUGGUGUAGAUUUUUAUCCAGUCGUCUCACGAAAGUACAGUGACGCAUACAAACAGCCUAGAGCACAGCGACACCCUGGCCAGGAAGAAAUCGCUCUUCAACAAUGGGACGAUGAUACUUUGCGAAGUGGAUACGAUAGCCGCAGCCAGUCUCCCACUUACACUCCCCGUCAUGAUGAUAACUGGCUGCGUCAAUCUCCUUUGAAGCAGCAACAUCCUUAUAACAAAACUCCUGACUCUCCAUGAAGGACAAAAUGUGUACUGGUUACACCUUCUUUUAAUCACAUAUUAUUUACAUCUGUAUCCUCUGUGUUUACUCUAUUGCUAACAUGUUAGCGCGCGAAAUGUGCAGCUUUUCCUCUAAAGUUCGUUAUAUAUUAUUUGACAUUUAUUCAUUGACCUUGUGCUAUUAUGCUACUAAAAAAAAAGAAAAACGUUCUGUCCUCAUUA